UCAGUGUGUGUGUGUGUCAGUGUGUGUCAGGAUACCACAGCUGUUUGAAAUGGCACUAGUUUCUUUGUCUGGCUUCUGUUUGCUACUUUUGGACUUUCAGCUGGGCUAUGGAGCUCCAGCCUCAGGCUCAGUGUUCCUGUCCGGUCAGGCAGCCGACAGUAUUCUGCAGAGACACAAACGCCACAACACUGGUUUAUUUGAGGAGCUGCUGCGAGACAACUUGGAGAGAGAGUGUAUGGAGGAAGUAUGUAACCUGGAAGAGGCCAGGGAGAUCUUUGAGAAUGAUCAAAAGACAAUGGAAUUCUGGGAGGCAUAUGAAGAUGGCAAUCAGUGUAAAUCAAGCCCAUGUCUGAACCAUGGGUCAUGCAAAAACCACAUCGGCUACUACACCUGCGCAUGUCCGUCUGGCUUCACUGGCAAUAACUGUGAGAUUGUUAUAGAAAAAAGGUGUGAUGUAAAUAACGGACACUGUAUGCACUUCUGUGAAUCAAUGGGAACCAUGGGAGCAAAAUGUUCCUGUGCAAGGGGAUACAGGCUGAUGCAUGACGGAGUUAAAUGUGAACCAGAAGUUGAAUUUCCAUGUGGCAGAACUGCCCUGACAGAGGUUAGUGCAGUAUCCAGAAGGUCUCUGUUCGGCAGUGGAAAUGCAAGCCUGUGGUACACCACUUCACUGACCAACAUCACCACUAUUGCAUCCCCUUCCUCAACUCCAGCCCGAACCUCUGUGCCUUUUCCUGCCACAAAUGAUUCUGUAAAAAAACAGUCACGAAAGAAAUUGCCCCUGUGGGUGUACCGUGACACUGAGAUCCCCACUGAGGUCCCCACUGAGGAGCCACUUAGGCCUUUUAAACGCAUCGUAGGUGGUAAGGUGGUUAUCCCAGGAGAGAUCCCAUGGCAGGUAGCCUUGAUAGCGCGUCCCAGUGGUGAGAUAUUCUGUGGGGGCUCCGUUGUCAGCGAACAGUGGGUUAUCACUGCUGCUCAUUGCCUGGUGGAGGCAAAAGGCGCCUUCUUCGUCCGAGUAGGGGAGCACAACAUCUACAUCAACGAGGGCACAGAGCAGGAUUAUGAUGUGUUGAAGCAGCAUGUGCACCCUCUCUACAACAGCAGUGUAUGCUUGUACAACCAUGACAUCGCCCUGCUGUACCUCAAAAGCCCCAUCACCUUCUCCACAACUGUCCGACCCAUCUGCAUCGGGCCCAACGCUUUUGUUGAGGCCCUAAUGAAGGAGUCUUCCCCAGCCACGGUCAGCGGCUGGGGGCGAACACGCUUCCAUGGGUUCACGGCUAACACUUUGCAGAAAGUUGAGGUACCCUUCACAGAUCGGACAGAGUGUAAGCGGCGCAGCAGUGCCAGGAUCAGUAACUUCAUGUUUUGCGCAGGGUACUAUAAUGAGGCCAAAGAUGCCUGUCAGGGGGACAGUGGAGGUCCCCACACAAACAGUAUUCAUGACACUUGGUUCCUUACGGGCAUUGUGAGCUGGGGGGAAGAAUGUGCAAAGCAGGGGAAAUAUGGUGUGUACACCCGGAUAUCCCUUUAUUACCGCUGGAUAAACCAUGUUAUGGGAUUCACUAAACACAGGGCAGUAUUUGAUAUGGAAGAUCCUGACCCUGAAAUGUAAAGGUUAUAGAUUUUAAAACUAUAACUGGUUAACAAAUGUUCAAAUCUACUUUUUGCUUUUGCUAUUUCAACUUCAGAGGAUAUACGUUAGCUAUACAUAACUAAAAAAAACUUUAAUUUAUAUUGACUGAAUGACUAUUAAAUUCCACCAUACCAAUAAUUACAGAAGCAGUCUACAUUAUAAAGAAUGUACAGGUUAGGUAUAUGGGUAUGUUUAAAAUGUUUUAAAGACACUUUCAUGAUUUGGUAUGUGCUUCUGUAUUAAACAAAAUGAAACAAGUAAAUUCUUGUCAUAGCUACAACGCACUGAUUGAGUGCACUGUCACUACCCAAGUAGUGUAGCAGAGAAACAAAAUGGAGCUUUAGAAAUCCUUACUUCAAGUGAUAUGUAAACAAAAACUCACAGAAAGAGAAAAGUCUGCACAACUUUAUUAUGUUAAUUGGCUUCCAUUAAAACAAGAACACAUAAUUAAUAGAGUAAAUCAGGGUGCAUGAAAAGGAACAGCCUUAGUUUUCAGCCAAACAUAUCACCAUGUUAAAACAAGUAUUGAAUUAUUUCAAUUACUAAAACAAUUAUUGCUAAGCCAGUUUAGGACAGUGACUGUCUAACAAUACAAACCUGCUCAUUGUUCAGUUGCCAUGCAUUUUCAUCUUAAUUAAAGAAACAUUCAGCGACAAGCUCAGGCUACUUGGCUCAUCAGGACACACACAUAUUUUAAGCAGGUUUUUGUUUUGUUUUGUUUUCCAACCAGGAAAAUCUGUGCAAAAUCUGCAGCAUUUUGGAUUAAAGUUACAAAGAAAC